UGGAUUCCAGAGCCAAUAGCAGAAAAGAAGAAGAGAGAGUCCGAGAAGACAAAGAAAAUGGCAUGGAGGGGAAAUCUAUCUCGGAACUUAAAGGAGCUCAGGAUCCUACUCUGCCAGUCUUCUCCUUCCAGCUUCACCACCAGGACAUUUGUGGAGAAUAAUUACAAGGAUCUCAAGAAGUUGAACCCCAAAUUGCCCAUCUUGAUUCGCGAGGCCAGUGGGAUUGAGCCUCAGCUCUGGGCUCGUUAUGACUUGGGUGUUGAGAGGGGUGUCCGGCUGGAAGGUUUGACAGAGCAACAGAUCUCGAAAGCGCUCCAGGACCUUGUCAAAGUGGGGGAGUCUCUGAAAGCCUGAUGGGAUGAUGGUUUGAAUGGAAAUAAGAUACAUAUCCUCAUGGGAAAAUCUUUCCUAUAUCUGCAUUUCUUCAGAUCAGUUGUUUAAGAUGAUAAUUUGGGUACUGUGCAAUGCUUGUUCUGUAGUUUUAAUAAGACAUGUAAUUUAAUCUUCCAUUAAGACGGUAAAUCUUCCAAAAGAAAUUAAUUUUGUGCUGCUUAUGUACCAUGCUCAAUAUUGUCAGUGCAAAGAAAAAAACUUAUAGGUUUGAUGGCAUUAAAAUCUGAGGAAGAAGUUUCUUUUUCCUGUGAAGGGACAAU